UGCCAGACACCACAGGACACAGAUUCUUAACUGCCUCUGUACCAGGUUCACACCUCUACACUAGCCCUUUACAUUCACCAGUUACAUUAGAAAUCUUCAUCAGGGGCUUCAAGCCUCGUGAACCUCGUGAUCUUGUUUUUCUGUAUCAUCUAGUUACGCCUCUGUACUGCCUUUCUGGCCAUCCUGGUUUACUUCUUAAUCCUCUUUUAAGUUUAUUAAAAAAAAAAAAAAAGUUUAUGAUGAACACUGAAUUUUUCCAAGUGCAAUAAAUGUAACUAUCUUUAACAUAAUAUGUGCCUUUACACUACAUCACACGUGCCCUUGUGAGGUAUACAUGAGACAUACUUCAUUCUGUGUUUUUUCACAGUACUACAUCAACAUAUUUCUGGUUAAUGCUCAUGAUGUCAUAAAACACAUUAUAAUCAUAUCCUUGCAUUGCGUUUCGUUUUUCUUCUUAGCACAUCACAGGCUUUAAAAUUAUACCACAGCACAAGAGAGACCUUUAUUCACGAUAUCAGGUAGAUUGUCAUAAUGUUGAUACCUGAUCGGUGUGUGUGUGUUCAUGCCAUUGAUGUCUUUUUUUAAUCUUACAAUAGUCCUGGAAAACAGUGACUUGCAACGGAGGUCAUAACAUGCAGUAACAGGCUGCUUAGUUUCGCUUUCCUGACGUAAUGAGGAAGAGAAGGCACCUUAAGAACACAUGUACUCAAUAACUCAAAACGUUUUAGAUGCAAGUGGAGCAAAAAAAGAAAAGAGACAACCAUAAGAUAUACACAUGUAUGCAUAUGUACAUUUUAUAUAUAAAAUGAUUAUAACAAAAAAGCAAAACCAUCUGAGUGACAUCAGUGUAGCUCGGGUUUCAUCUGUCGCUGCAUAACGAAGUGCAGCGGUCGUUCCUCCAGAGACUCCUUCACUAGGGCCGCCAUUGUGAGUCAAACAGCCUAGGGUUUCAUUUUCCAGUUUUCUCGUCACACAGCUGACCGUAACAGGUUUUAAAAGCCCACAGCCUGCAGCAGGCAGUCAGUGGGGAGAAGAAGAAGUUGAAAACGCCACACACUGGAGGAAAUAUCAGGAUGGCGGAUAUUGAACUGUACUCAUACCAGGAAGAAGUGGUCGAAAGGGCUCUUACAGGAGAAAACAUCAUUAUUUGGCUGCCGACAGGAGGUGGAAAGACCCGAGCUGCUGUGUAUGUAGCCAAAAAACACCUGGAGACCAAGGCAAAUGCUAAGGUGGUAGUACUUGUAAACAAGGUUCACCUUGUUGACCAGCAUUACAAAAAGGAGUUUGGUCCUCACCUGGGUGAUCGCAACAGAAUUUCACCUGUCAGCGGAGAAAGUAAUGAGAAGGAUUUCUUUGGGUUAGUGAUGCAGAACUCAGAUGUGGUCAUCUGCACAGCACAGAUCCUGUACAAUGCUCUGACUGACACGGAGGAAUCAAAACAUGCUGAGCUCUCAGACAUUACUCUACUGAUAAUCGACGAGUGUCAUCACACCCACAAGGAGUCGGUCUACAACAAAAUAAUGAGAGUCUAUGUGGAGAAGAAGUUGAAAAGAGAACGACCACUGCCACAGAUCCUGGGUCUCACUGCUUCACCGGGGACAGGGGGGUCAAAGACACUGGACAAGGCUGUGGAGCAUGUACUACAGAUUUGCGCCAACUUGGACUCAGCCAUCGUUUCAGCUAAAACCUAUGAACCCGAACUGAAGCAGAAGGUACCAAGACCUGUCAAGAGAUUCGACAUUGUGGAGAAAAGACCUAAGGAUCCAUUUGGUGAUCAUCUGAAGUGGAUGAUGAAGCUGAUCCAAGAGUACAUGAACCUCCCUCCAGACGUUAAACUCAGGGAGUGUGGCACCCAGGAAUAUGAGGCAGAUGUGGUGAUUCUAGAGAGGCGAGGGGUAGGAGAGGACAACAGGCUGCUAGCGCAGUGUGCACUCCACCUCAGACAGUACAAUGACGCCUUGCUCAUCAAUGACACCUUGCGAAUGAUGGAUGCUUACCGCACCCUAGAACAAUUCUACAUCACAAAGAAUGCCACGGCCAUCGAUGGAACUGACUACUUCUUGUUGGGGCUUUUUGAAGAAAAUCAAGUAGAGUUGAUGAAUCUUGCUUCAAACUCUGACUUUGAGAACCCAAACAUGGCCCAACUCGAGAGCACUCUGCUGAGACAGUUUGGUCCAGAUGUCCAAUCAAGAGGAAUCCUCUUCUCUAAAACCCGUAAAAGCACCCACUGCCUAAAAGAAUGGGUCUCAAGUAAUAGUGCCUUGAAGGCAGCUGGGAUCAGGGCAGCCAUCCUCACUGGGGCUGGCAAUGGCAUCACUUACAUGACACAGAACGAGCAGGCGGACACAAUCCGCAGAUUCCGCGAAGGUUCUCUCAACCUCCUGAUCUCCACCAGUGUUGCUGAAGAAGGCCUCGACAUUUCUGAAUGCAACCUCGUGGUACGCUAUGGACUCCUUACAAACGAGAUUGCUCAGCAGCAGGCCAGUGGGCGUGCCCGAGCAAGAGACAGCCAGUACUCAGUGGUCGCCCAGGCAGGGGGACGGGAAGUCCGCAGGGAGCUUAUCAAUGAACAUCUGGAGGAUCUCACAGGAAAAGCCAUUGCUCACAUUCAGAGGCUGAGUUCCCGAGACUUUUCUGUCAAGAUAACUGAGCUUCAAACACGGGCGGUCAUUUCCAGUAAAAUUGAAGAGAAGAAAAAGACAGAAAAGAAGAGCCGCUACCUUGCGUCCAAUAUCAAGCUCUUGUGUCGCAACUGUUUUAAGGUUGUGGCCACUGGCAGUGACAUCAAGCUAAUUGACAAUACGCACUACAUCAACGUCAAUCCUGAAUUUAAGAACCACUACAAAUUUGGUGAGCAGGUGGACAUUGGGAAGAGUUUUGAGGAUUGGGAGCCUGGGCGCAUAAUCAGCUGUAAUAACGGAAACUGCAACAAGAAUUGGGGAUACGAGGUGAAGUACAAGAAGGUUGCCAUACUCCCCAAUAUGGCCAUCAAAAACUUUGCUAUGGACACCCCUGACGGCAGGGUGACUGCCAAGAAGUGGAAGGACGUGUCUUUCACUGUUGAGGAGUUCAGCUUCGAAGAAUACUGCAAAGAAUUGUUGUCUGACAUGUUAGAUUAAAACACCAAUAACUGUGUGUGAGGGUGGUUGGGGGGGUUCUCCUCCACUUCAAAUCUAGUUUCUUUUAGAAAAUUUUGGCUUGGAAAAACAACAACAACAAAAAAAAACACUCCACACAUGCUCAGUCUUAUUCGUGCUGCCGGGCCAGUGAGGUAGCAGAGCAGUUAAAAACCACCAUGCACUGAUCAUGCUUGAAAUUAGCAUGACUGCUUUGUUUAUGCCCAGGGACCUGGCCUCUUUGUAUGUUGUCAUUUGUUGUUUCCUCAGCUUCCUCCCAAAGUCAAGCACAAAACACAUGAAAUGAACUGUAAACUGUAACCAUUACGAAUGUAAAACAUGAGUGUCAUCAAGAAAAAAAUAAUUCCUCAUGAAGCAAUAGUUUUAAUGUUUGUAUGGGUUAUAGUGUGAGGCUAUUGGGUAUAAGCUAAUAACAUGUAAAUAUUUUAAUAUUAAAUGAAAAUCAUGAAGAUCCUC